AGCGCCUGAGAAAAUAAAUAUAAAUACAAAAAUAUAUCUACCCGAUAUUCCACCUUUGUGCCAUUUGCAGCUCAGCAUAUUACAAUUGUUUUAAUCGAAUAGAAAAGUGAUUAUAAGUGCGCUUUAAUUGGACGGCAAUCAAUAUAAAUAAUUGAGUGUUUUCAUUUCAUUUGGCUGCAUCCCAAACCUACGGAACGAUACGAAUAAAAAUCCCGUCGCGCAAUACUUAAUGGAUGCAGCUCCAUGUGGCCCCACCGCCACCAACGACAUCUGCUAACGGCGGCAGCCACGCUCUGCUGUCUGUUGGCCAUCCUCGUCCAGCCAGCCCUCUCGGAUGAGCCACCCACAGCCACCUCCACAUCCUCCGGCCCACAGAAUUCGACGGACGAGGCCACGGCAACUGAAGCCCUGAGUGACGGCAGUGUGACAGCCAAGGAGCUUAAUAAGCAGGCAGCCGGGCAACUCAUCCGCGAGGUCAUCGAAGGCCCCGGCUUGGACGGCGAACUGCAGGAGGACGCGGAGCUGGAAGGGGAACUGCAACUGGAAGCCAAGGGCGCGGAAAAAGAAACAGAGUUCGUGGGUGUUCCAGGCUUUCUGCCCACUGUGCUGCCUCCCAGGGAUUCGGAGAGCCCCACCAACGGACACGGCUACAUCCAGUUUGAGAUCAACGAUGAGCUGCCAGUGGAAGUGGCUCGUCGCCAAAGACCAAUUGAGCAGACGGUGACGCGUUCGCGAACGGAAACUGUCAACGAGGUGUUCUCCAAUCUAUUUCCCAAGGGAUUCUCAGAUAUUUUCCGCUUCAGUGGCAACACAGAGGCCUCCACCACCACCACCACAUCCUCAGCCACUACCACGAACAAGGCGGUGGUUCGGCCCACAGUGGUGGAUGUGACCAGCACCACCGAGACGGUAACCACUGAAGCACCACCCCCUCCACCCCCACCGAAUGCCACCUACUACAGCUACCAAACGACCGUUACGAAGGAGUACCGCCGGGAAUUGGGGCCAGGACACACGGAGAUCGUGGUAGAGCAGAUCCGAGAUCCUGGCUUCCGCGACGGCAGCAACCACAUUUCGCGCGAUGAGCUUCUGCGGAUCAAUCGAGCUGCAGUGGCGGCUCCUGUCCUGCCCAGCGUACUGCUCCAACCGGAGAGCGACGACAACGAGACGCUGAUAGCAGCCGAAAGUUCGCCCAUUGUGAUCCUGGGCGAGCACGAGGCCGAGCUGGAGGAGGGUGAGGGUCAGGAGAUCAACGACAAUCAGAUCGCGGAGACACGGCAAGUGGGCAGGGAGGCCUAUCAACAGCGAGUGCCAGCUCCAUCUUUUAAUGGCAUCGAGAGCUAUGCCAACCAGAAGGGUCCUGGCCAGGAUCAGGAGAUCAAUGUGCACAUAGUGCACGAUGAAAGCCUGGGAAAACCGCAGCAGGGCAAGGGAAAGGCAACUAAGGAGAAGAGCUUGGAGCCACCACCCCAGCACGCCCUGGAUCACUUCCAGGCGCACAGUGAGCAGAGGUUCCAGCAGCAUCAUCCCAGUCACGAGGCUCCUUCGCGCCAGUUCCUCAAGAGCUUCAAUCCCAUUGUCUCGGGCAGUGGCGACGGACCCCUUCCGAAGGGCAGUUUCCACUACGAGGUGCAGGGUCCUCCGUCGCAGCCGCCAAAGGGUGGAGACUAUUCAGGACUAUUUGUGAGACCUGCUGCCCAGUUGGCCUACCAACAGGAGAUCAACCAGGUGAAUCCACAACAGCAGCCGGAAACUCUGCACACCAAGGCCAUUUCCUCACCAUCGCCAUCCCCUGAGGUUCAGCAAUACUCCGGCUAUGCAGGACCCACUCCUGUAUCGGCCACUCCAAACAGCCUGGUGUUUGUCACCUUGAACACCCCUAGUCCUCCGCAUUCCUCGCCAGCACCUGCCGUCGCUCAUCCGCCCCUUGAGCCAGGAGUCCAGAUCACCGUCAACCAUCCGGCUCCACACAACUACGUGGCGGAGGCUGCCGCAGAGCCCUCCCAGCACAACAUCCAGCAGGCUCCGGCUCCGGCACCCAAGAAAUCCAGUCCCUACACCUUUGUGGAGGUCCAGAAGUCGGUCAACAUCCACAACAAACUGAUCACCGAGAAGGAUGGACGUUUGGUGGAACAGCACGAGACCAUCUACCACCAGCCCUAUCUGCACAAUCAAUUGCCGCAGGCUGCCCCGGCUGAUCCUCCCAAGAGUUAUGCUUCGCUGGCCAAAAACCCAAUACACGUGGAGUACGAUAGUUCGCCCCAGGAGGUGGCCAUCUCACAUGCAGCCAUACACUUGGAUACGGAGCCUUCAGCUCCGGGACCCAUUCAUCAGCAGGAGCAUCAGGUGGACCAACAGGUGCAUCAGAUCCAUCAAGAUCAUCAGGUGCUUCACGAGGUGGAUCAUGUACCUCAUUUAGAACAUCAUGAUCAUUCUACACACUUAGAACACCACGAUCAUUCCCCUCAUUCAGAACACCAUGAUCAUUCCCCUCUGCAAGCCUAUCACGUGGAAAAGCCAGUGGACCACGACCAUCAUCAUGUGGUGGAGAAGCACAUACCCAUUCCCUAUGCCGUUCCACAACCUGUGCCCGUGCCCGUCCAUGUGGAGCACUACGUGGAUCGACCCUAUCCGGUGGAGACCAUUGUCGAACACCCCGUUCCCUAUCCCGUGGAACGGGUGGUGGAGAAGAUCGUGGAGAAGCACGUGCCCGUGGAGGUGGAGCGCAUCGUGGAGAAGCCCGUGCAUGUGGAGAAGAUUGUGGAGAAGUUCGUGGACCGACCGAUGGCCAUUCCGAUCCAUGUCCCCGUUGCCAUUCACAUGCCCAUGCCGCCGGGUCACUCCUCGCUUGCCUUCCCCCACCAUGGCCAUCCCAAUGCCCUGACUCCCUGGUCCCAUUCGGUGGCCCACAUUCCGCCGAAGGUGCUGCAGAAUUACUACACCAGGAUGUUGAAGAAGUUGCUGCCGCAGUUCACGGCUAAAACCCCUACCCCUCAGUCCCCCAAGGCGGUCAAGUUAAGCAAACCAGUGGCGGCUGUCAAGCAGCCAGUGAAGCCCGUGAGGGGGGAGGCGCCCAAGGUGGCCACCUUCAGUUUGGCGGACAUGAAGUUCGACCUUCGACCGCCGCCGCCACCGCAUGGAUCGCCCUGGCUGCAGGGAGCCCGCUACAUCUACAACACCCUGCCCGCCGACUUGGCCACCGCCGCCGCCUCCGCCCCCGCCCAAAUGGUCAAGUCGUACAUUGGCCCGGUUCCAGCCACGACAUCUGGCAACUCUGGCCAGGGGGAGGCCCCGCUGACCAACGAGUUCGAUGAGUUCCAGCGAUGGCGCAACGGGCACUCCCUUAAACGCAGCCCCGACUUCGGGCGCAACCUGCAGCUGGAGUACGGAUUUAAGCCCCCUCUGGUGCCGUCCAUGGAAAUCGACGACAAGGGGAAUCCCCUCAAGCAGGCCGAACAAUCGGAGGCGCAGUAAAAACGAUAGCAAAGAGAGAAGAGCAGAGGAAAAAGCGUGCCAAAAUAUAAAGCUAUAGUAAUUAUUGUCUAUUUAUGUAACAUAUUUAAAACAAUGCAUUUAAUAA